AUGCCUCGCAAGGGCUUAACAUAUGGAAAAUGGAGCGAAGAAAACAUGAAGAAAGCAAUAAAACUGUACAAAACGGGAGAAUUUGGACUUAAUGCGAUCUGCAAGAGAUAUCAGAUUCCAAAGCCAACGUUCAAGAGGCAUUUGUUAGGGACAAAUGUCAAAGCAAAGGAAGGACUAAAAUCACUAGGUAGGGUCCAAGUAUUCAGCACCGAAGUAGAGCAGGAGCUAGAAAAUCAAAUCCUGAAAAUGGAAGAAAUUUUCUUUGGACUCACCAUUCAAGAUAUUAGAAGAGCUGCCUAUCAGUUUGCAGAGAAGAAUGGAAUAAAACAUAAUUUCAACAAAGUGAAGGGGACAGCCGGUAAAGCAUGGUUUUAUAAUUUCAUGAAAAGGCAUCCAAAGCUUUCUUUAAGGCAGCCGGAAUCAACAUCGCUAGCUAGGUGCAAGGGAUUUAACAGACAGAAUGUCAAUCACUUUUUUGAUAUUUUAGAGAAGUUAGUUGAUCAGUAUAAAAUAGACGCGACAAGGAUUUACAACGUAGAUGAGUCUGGGUUUUCUACAGUUCAGAAAAAAUGCCAAAAAAUAAUUGCUAAAAAAGGAAAGAAAAACGUUGGGGCAGUGGCCAGCGGCGAACGGGGAGUGAAUACCACGUUCAUAGUAUCCACCAAUGCAGCAGGAAACUUUGUAGCGCCUAUGAUAAUUUUUAAAAGAAAAAGGAUGGUGCCAGAACUUGCAGAAGGUGCCCCUCCAGGCUGCUUAGUUCAAAUUUCAGACACAGGAUAUAUUAACUCUGAAUUAUUCGUGGUUUGGCUACAUAAAUUUAUUGAAGUGGUGAAGCCAAAGCCCACCCCCGAAGAUAGAGUGAUCCUAGUUCUGGAUGGGCACACGACACACUCCAAGAACCUGGAGGCAAUCAACUUGGCUCGACAACAUUGUGUAAUUCUCCUACAAUUGCCAGGGCAUACCACAAAUCGGCUUCAACCACUAGACGUUGCAAUAUUUAAGCCAAUGGAGGUCUACUACGAUCAGGCAGUUGAACGAUGGAUGCGAGAACAUCCAGGAUUAUCAGUGACACAACAUCAGGUUGCUAAACUCUUAGGAGAGGCAUAUGGAAAAUCUGCAACUGUUGGCUUUGCAAUAAAUGGAUUUGCGAAGACUGGAGUAUGGCCUGUGAAUAGACAUGUUUUUACAGAUGUAGAUUUUGCAGCAAGCGAUGUUUUAGUCAAUAAUUCAUCUCAGUUACCCAUAGGAAAGAAUAAAAACCAAAUUGGACAUGAUGAAGACGAUUCUUCUGACGACGAUAUCCCUCUGUCUAAGCUAAUGUCAAAAGACGGUGCUCCAAAGAUUAACUCUGAAGGAAACAGCUGCUUUCCAGGAUCUGGCGAUUGGGGGAAUAGACGAAUAGAUUCUAAAAAUGCUCAACAGCAAAAAAAUGUAGAUCUCCCAAAUAUCUCAUUUGAUGAGAUCAUUUGCUUGGCAGGGACUAGCGGAUUGGGAAACAAACCACGGAUCAACAAAAAUGCCCAACAGGCUGCAGUGCUUACAAGCACCCCAUAUAAGGACGAGUUAGAAAAUAGAAAAAAAACCGUGCUUAAUGAAAAAAAAGGUGCAGUGAAAAGGGCAGUAAUGUCAGACUUACAUGAAAAUUCAAAAGAAAAAAUGACAGCCAAGACAAGAUAUAUGAAAUCCAGAAAUUCUUGA